AUGCGCGACGUUUAUGAAAACGUAUAUCGCACUAUUGCUGCUACGAAAUCUAAAAACAGUUCCGAGGGGUUCCUGCGACCCAGGCCAGAAUCAUUCUUUACCAAUAUCACUUUUCUCGGAGGCGAUGCUCCUGCGAACGUUUCAGUCUUUCCUAUGCCGAAUAGCCACGUAGGAGCACCGCGUCAAAUAAUUGACCUUGGCGAAGACCCACUAUCGACACGCUGCUGGGGCUUUCAGGAACGUUAUCUCUCCCCUCGCACGCUACACUUCGCUCAAGCACAGAUGUACUUUGAAUGCCAAUCGUGCUUUGAGGCAACGGAGGAUGAUAAACUUCCAGCCUUGGGGGGCUUAGCUGCCAGAGUGUCUCUCGAGCUUUCACAGCAGGAGUCGACCAGCGAGUAUGUCGCAGGAUUAUGGAAGGACAAUGUCUUCUGUGACCUCUUCUGGCUCGCGCUAAAUCACGAAUCAAAGUGA